GGAUCGGUGAAUCAGCUCGGAGGAACGUUUCUCAACGGCCGGCCCCUGGCGCAUCCCAUGCGGAGGAGAAUCAUCGACCUGGCGACCCAGGGAGUGCGUCCAAGCGAGAUCUCCAAAAUGAUCCGGGUGUCGAACGGGUGCGUCAGUAAGAUCCUGAGUCGCUUUCAUAAAACGGGACUACUCGAUCCGAAGGCCAUGGGUGGCAGCCGACCCCGGCUCCUCACCUCGGAGGUCGUUGAUGGAAUCAUCCAGUGCAAGAGGAAAAACCCAACCAUCUUUGGCUGGGAAAUCCGUAGAAAGCUCGCAACUCAAAGCGUCUGUAAACCGUCCCAGGUUCCAAGUGUGUCCUCCAUUAAUCGCUUUCUAAGAAAACUUCACUUAGAUCGGGGGCCGAUGUUCUUGGAAACCAACGGAACCCAUCCAGACUCGACCCUAGACGAAGCGUGUGAGCAAGAGGCAUGCAGUGAUGACUGGAAACGCAAAGACUCUCUGAUCCAGAACCGCACUAUUUACACCCCGAGGCAGAGCAACGCACUGGAGCAAGCGUUCUCUCAGAGUCAAUAUGCAGAUAUGUACACAAGGGAGAAACUAUCAGCGAAAAUACACCUUCCCGAGGAUAAGAUAAAGGUUUGGUUCUCAAACCGACGCGCCAAAUGGAGAAGAGAAACAAAACAUCAAGAAAAGUCACAGCCAGCUGCAUCUUUGCAUCACAAAGUGGAUUUGUCUCAGAGGAAUUCCACUGGGGUACACAACACCACCCCUCAACAGACCACGCUGAGGGAGAUGAAAACCUCUCACGCGUUGGACACUCAGGAGACCAGAGAAUCACUUGCUUGGAAGACUCUCACCAACUAUCAUCUGCUGAGGAAGAAAUGUAUGGGGGAUUACGAACACCUCCCACCUGUUACGAUGCCAUCUCCAUCCCCCCAGAUGAACCCCAACGAAGUGUUUCCCUCCUCACUCACCGUGAACAUGAGGAAUCCAUCCUGUCGCCUGGCAGAGAGAUACCCCUGGCCCGUCUGCCACCAUUACCCAGCUUCAAACACACUCCUUCCAUUUACCUACAAUGUGACCCAGUGCUGGAACCCGCAAGGAGCAGACUUUUCAUUGGUUCCCUGCCCCACCAAUGAGGGGCUGCGCUUGGCUCAUCAUCAGGAUAUGGUGUAUGAGUAAAUUGAAUUGCACAAGAUAGAUUCUUUUUUUUAACAAGUGACCCUCAUAUUUUAGUUAACAAUACUUUGUGGUUCAAGACAGAACCACUGUCAGACUUUGAAACUGAAACUAGUAAACUUAUUUUACCUUUCUCAGUACACAGUUUUCACUUUUUAGUUCGACAUCAGCUCUUAAAAAAGGAUGGGUCCUUUAAUAGUACGUAGUCUGAAGUGGUACCCAACUCAAUAAAAACGCGCUAAAUGCCACUGAGACAUUUCCGUCAGUAGAGGGCGACAAAGUACAGGAGUGGAAUUGUACCUUCAGAAACCUCCUCAAUCUAAUGCAUUGUGGUUUCAUCCUUAAUUAUUUUGUUCCUAUGUUUUUAGUACUUUGUAAUAAAUAAAAUAACAAUACUUUACUAUU